GCCUACUUCAAAUUAAAAUCUUAUUACUCUCCGGAGUAAUAGUGUUGCAUUUUUACACAAGUAUAGAAUAUAUUAAAGAUUCUAUAUUAAAGUAUAUAUUCAUAAUGGCUGCACCUCCUGCAAAAGAACGAACUAUUCCAAAUGCAUUGAAAUUUGCCUUCGGUGGCCUUGCUGGUAUGGGGGCAACGUGUGUAGUUCAGCCUUUAGAUUUAAUUAAGACACGGAUGCAACUGAGUGGUGGAGGAAAGUCAUCGUUCACUGUGGCCAGUGAGAUUGCCGCUAGGGAAGGGUUCAGUGGCCUCUACACAGGACUCUCAGCGGGGCUACUCCGGCAGGCCACUUACACCACUGCACGACUUGGCAUAUACAACUAUGUCUUUGAAGCAUACAAAAAAUCUAAUAACAAUGUGACUCCCAAUUUUGUGGUGAAAAUGGGCAUGGGUGUGUUCGCGGGUGGAUGCGCCGCGUUGUUUGGCACCCCAGCUGAAGUGGCCCUCAUACGAAUGACUGCAGACGGCCGGCUGCCUGCUGAACAGAGGAGGAACUACAAGAAUGUCGUCGACGCCCUAGUGAGGAUAGUAAAGGAGGAGGGAGUUUUGAAGUUAUGGCGCGGCGCCACGCCCACAGUAGGUCGCGCCAUGGUGGUGAAUGCAGCUCAGCUGGGGACCUAUUCUCAGGCGCGAGAGAUGUUCGUAGGUUACGUGCCCGACGGCAUCCCGCUCCACUUCUGCGCGUCCAUGGUGUCUGGCUUGGUCACCACCAUUGCCUCCAUGCCCGUCGACAUCAUCAAAACCAAGAUCCAAAACGCUGCAAAAGGUGAGAGUCAGUUGUCCGUAGUCUCGAAUCUUCUAAGGACUGAAGGUGUCUUGUCCCUGUGGAAAGGCUUCUUGCCAUACUACGCGCGUCUCGGACCUCACACCGUCCUCACGUUCAUAUUGCUGGAACAACUCAACUCUGCUUACUUGAGGUACACGUAAGUCUGCAACAACUUUGCCUAACUCUAUAAUGCCUUAAUGACCAAUCUGACUGACGAUUUUCUAAUACGACCUAGUUAUCUUUGUAUAAAACUAUUUACAUUUACACGAUCAAUCAACAAUCAUUAUGAAUUCGCCAGAUGUUUUUUGAGUGAAAUGGAAGUCAGACGUGCGUUACUGUUAUUGUCUUUAAGAGUUAACUUUGUUUUUUUUAAGUUGGGUAUUUUUAUAUUUUUCAAAGUGGGGUUAUCUUGAGAGCUGGCGCUAUUUUGUAAUUCACAUUUAUUUUAUCAGUCGGUAGAAUAUUCAUAAGGAGUUAAAAUAAUGUCCCUGGAAACUUACGUGGCGCCACUAUAUAUGCAAAAUAAUCAAAAUACAACAUUUUACCCACGACAGGGAUGAUAGUUCAAAAUUUCGCCAUAUUCAUUAUGAUCCAUGUAGAAAAUCACUAAAGGACAAUGUCCAAGCUUAGCCUGGAGAAAGUGCUUGUUGAAUGACAAUUUUACAGCGUUUUUAUAGGUUUUAAAAGAAUUUCUAAAACUGUAGGUAUCGAGUUACAAUAAUAAAAAAAACGAAAAAAAAAACUGAUCAACGCAACGGGACGAUAUAUUACUCAAAUAAACCUUUAUGUAGCAUUUCAAAAAAAUAGUUUUAAUGUAAUUAGUAUAAUUUUAUGGAUAAAUAUAUAUAUCAGGAUAAUGUAAAUAAUUUAAAAAGGCUUAUACUUUCUAUUUCGUGCUCUAAUAUGAUGCCAAAUUUACACUAAAAAUAAUUAAAACAAAACUUAAUAAGCUUCCCAAAUUAUGAAAUUUUACAUGUAAAAAUAUCUGUGUUGGUCCAAAUCGUCCAUACUAAUUGGGCAUUGUCCUUGAUCUAAUAUUUUAUUGCUUGUAGAAUAAAUUAAAUGUGAUAUCUUGACUUAGUCUUGGAUAAACAUAACAUUUGGCCUUGUAUAUCUUCUUAAAUGUGUGAAAUUAAGAAUUUAUUAUAGAAAAUGGUGCGUAUCAAAGCUAUGAUAGCAUAUCAUAGGAUAAAAUUUUGGUUAAAUAUUCCAGUUAAUCAAACAAUAUUAUGGGAUUAUUGAUAUUAUUAAAUAUCAAACAUAGUGUUUAUAGCUAAAUGCAAGAAAGUAUGCGCGCGCAUACAAGUAAAAGUCUGAGCAUGACUAAAAUAUUAAUGAGUUUAUUAUAAUCUGCCAUUAAAAUGAACCGAAAGCCGCUCAAAGAAAUUAGAAAUAUAUUGAAUUUUUAUGUAAAAUGAUUUAAUUUUAAUCAUGAUAUUACAGAUCUUAUGAUCGUUACACAGCUUAAUGUCCUUUCACUUCGAAUCAUGAAUACUUA